AUGCGCUUCCGCGACCGGCAGAGAAAGGCCUUGGGAGAGUUCAGUGCGGAGGCAAGCCCCAACACAUAUGCAGCAGCAGCAGCAGCAACAGCAGCAGCAGCAGCAGCAGCAGUGGCAGCAGCUAUUUGCGCCCUGCAGCAAGUGGUGGCCUCGGUGCAGCGCGAAGACAUUGCCCUUAUUUGCGGCUCUCUUGAAGAACUAAAUUGCUGCUUGGGGGCCCUCGAGGCCCUGGGGGGUAUUCAAGAAGAGGGGCCCCUGGGGGCCCCCGGGGGCCCCUUCUACGUGCCAGACGGCCUCAAACCCCAGCAGCAGCAGCAGCAGCAGCAGCAGCUGCAGGAGGCGCAGGGGCUGCUGGGCCUGCUCGUGUCCCAGUUGAGCUGCUGCUCGCUGCUCUUCGGCCCCGCAGCGCCCAGCAGCAGCAGCAGCAGCAGCAGCAGCAGCAGCAGCAGCAAAGUGCAGCGCGCUAUUGUGGGGCCCCCCCCGGGAAGCGUCUGCGAAGUGCUGCUGCAGCGAGACGCCAAAACCCUAAAAGUUUUGGAUUGCCAAAUUCGAAAAAAAGGAACUUUUAAUUACUUGAGUCGCGCGUGCACCCACAUGUGGGAGACGCAAACAGGGCUUUUUGGGGACUCUUCGCUUCCUGCUGCUGAAGUGCAGCAAAGGCUCCAAUCCGACAUGGCUUCCCUAGCUAAAACUGGUCACGUGAGCCGUUUGGUAUUUUUAGCUGUUUUGGGCUUGGCGGGGGAGGAAGCAGCAACAGAUGAGCAAAUUGCUACUCUGUUCAGGCUCUAUGGCCUCUCCUUCGGGGAGACAGUCAAUUACCUCGAAUUUAUAUCAAGAGUGACAGACGGCUGCAACGUAUUCAACAUGUCUUUCCUGGAGAGCAGCGAGCCCGCAGCAGCAGCAGCAGCAGCAGCAACAGCAGCAGCAGCAGCAGCAGCAAACUCCGUCUUCCCAGCAGAACUCCCCCUGAUGCAGCAGCAGCAAAAGGGCCUCACCCGCAGCUGGUCUUGCAGAGACAAACUCACAUCUCUUUUGACAGCAGGGGCCCCCCAAGGGGGCCCCCCAGGGGCCCCCCAGGGGUGCCCCCCAGGGGGCCCCCUGGGGGGCUCCCAAGGGGACCCCCAGGAGGGCCCCCAGGGGGGCCCCGAUGGGGGCCCCCACGGGGGGCCCUCUGUGGAGGGGGGCCCCCUGGAGGGGCCCCCCCUCGCCGGGGGGGGCCCCCAGGGGGCCCUCCUGGGGCCCGGGGGGCCCCUCCAGGGGGGCCCCCUUGAAGGGUACGCUCCUUCUUUGUCAAGUGCUGCUGCUAUUCCUUUGCCAGAAGAAACUCUUCGAAUAAAACCAAAUAAAGAAACAGGAAAAGUUGAAGAGAAGCAGCUGCUGCAGCUGCUCAGAAGCCAGGGGCUGUCGAAUGUGUACGAAGAAGACGUGGCAGCUUUUCUUGCAGAAGUUCCUGGAGCUCUUUGGGGUUUAGAUGACAAAUUGGUUUUCGCUUUAAACCAAUUUGUGCAAUUUAGACACGAAAGAUUCAACGAAGCAACAAAUGGACUGGGCUGGCUGCACAUCCGGGACGCGGAGGGCCUUUUCGAAGACUUCGUAAGUCUCAGGGUUUAG